AUGGCAUCCAAGUCUUCCUCAAGUGACUUGCUCUACCGAGAGGCAGACUUCGUAAAGCACCAGGCCGAUCUCAUUCGAGAAGUUGCCAACGACAUCCACACCGCUGCUGGUAUGGUCCAGUAUAGAGCCUACGACUUCGAAACCCGCGCAGUUUGUCUUCGCAAGGCAGCCUGGGACUCGAAAUGGGUCGAUGACCUCGGCGUCGCUGCACAAGACAUGAUCGAGGAAGAUCAGCACAGACAUUGGAAGUUGGUAGAGCAUGCCGCUGAACUGAUGGACGCAGCUCAGAAUGUGAAGAUCGGCUUGCACAAACUGAUUCAAAUCGCCUACAGAUCGGGACUUCUGGAGACCACUCACGAAAAGGAGUGCAUGGAUUGUGGUAAAGAAGAGCACGAUACCUGCUGUCAGAUCGAGCGAGACAUUGCUGCCUCUUCUCAACCAGAUCUGUGUGCAGCUGUUGGUUCGCUGACCGGCCUCAACACUGGCUGCUCUCUUCCUGCCACUUUCGUGGAUCCUUCAUCGCUCACAAAGAACCCAAUCAACCUCAGCAAAGCCGCAAAACGUUGGUCAGUCGAUACCGCAACCACCUUUGUUGAGUCAGAAGACAUAUCCAUGGUUCUCGACGAUGAGACAGGCGGAAGCUUGUCCAGAUCGACCAGUAUGAUCAGUUCAAGCACCUAUUCCGACAUGGAAGUCACCAAUGCUAUUCUCGAGGACACCAACACUAUCCAGUCAGGCACUAGGUCUGAUGAUGAAAUCAAAGAGGACGACGACGAAGAAAUACUGAGCUGGGUCCCACAAAAGAUUGACCUCUCGCGACUCAGUGUCCAGUUCACCGCAAAUAGGGUCGUCCAGUCUGCGAUGGCGGGCGAGAAAGAGAGAAUGCGCAGAGAGCGUGCGUACUAA